UUUGACAUUUUGUGAUGUGACAUCCAAGAAUUUUGUGGAGAAAAAGAAGAAAAUAAUUAAAAUCAUUUUAAAAUUACUUAAAAACUCUAUAGUUAUAAAUAAAAAUGACCCUCUAUCAUUUCGGAAAUUGUCUGGCAUUGGUUUAUGCGCCCUAUCAUAUGGCUUACAAGUUUUCAGGGAUAUCGGAAUAUGCAACGUUCUCAAAAUGCGUAUAUGCCGGCGGGCUAUAUAUUUUCACACAGUUAUGCAAAAUGCUGUUGCUAGCCACAUUCUUUCCUGAUUCCGAUAAUAUUCAUAGUGGAGGAGAUAACAAUGUGUUUUUAGAAAUUCUUAAAGCAACAGUAGACUUAGCAGAUCUUUUAGGGAUUUACAUUGCACUGAAUUCAAUUCCCGGUAAGGGGCAUGCGAAGAUCCUUACUGCAGCCAUAGGCUGGGCGAGUGCUGAGGUGCUAGUAUCUCGUAGCGUGCUGCUGUGGGUGGGCGCGCGCGGCUCGGAGUUCGACUGGCGCUACGUGCGCGCUUGUGCGGAGUCCAAUGUGGCUCUGUUGCAGCACGCGGCGACUGCAGCGCUCGUGUGGCUGUGCGCGCGCAGCGACCUGCCGCGCCACCUGCUGCCGCGGGCUGCAGGGCUGUUGCUGCUGGUCCCCUACAGAGCACUAUUGGAGGACGCAAUAGCGCACGCGUUGGGGCUAAGCGCGUGGGCGCUGCUGUGGAUGCGCGCCGCGCACGCCGCGGGAGUCGGCCUGGCCGCGCUGGCGCUGUACGCCGCCCACCAGCAGCAGUGAGCUGAGCAGCAAUAGUGAUCAUUGAUCGGUGAAGAGCAACAGUGAUCACUGAGUAGCAGUAGCAACAAUGAUCAGUAAGCAGCAAAAGUGAUCAGGGAGCAGCAAUAGUGAUCACUGAUUUGUGAGGAGCAACAGUGAUCACUGAUGAGUGAGUAGCAACAGUGAUCAGGGAGCAGCAACAGUGAUCAGUGAGAAGCAACAGUAAUCAGCGAGCAGGAACAGUGACCAUAGAUCAGUGAGGAGCAGCAGUGACCACUGAGCAGCAACAGUGAUCAUUGAUCAGUGAGGAGCGCCAGUGAUCAGUGACCUUGCACUACCAUACUCACAUUUCUUGUUCUGAACAAUCUCUAUCAUUCUACCAAGUUCCUGUUUUUAAACUCUGUGUGACACUCUUCAUUGUUGGAAAUUGGGUUCUAUUCCAAUAAUCACAUAAAAGUAGGAGUUAGUAUAAUUUUGUGGUGGGGUUAUAAUUGAGUUGAGUUAUAGUAUAUUGAAGGAUCUGACCUUCCAUAUAUAACUGAACUAAGUUUGCAAUUUGGACUCUAAGGUUUAACAAUUACAUAAUUAUUUAUUUAUCACAGUUAUUAGUGAUAGUAUUUGAAGAUAUCUAGAACAACGUCAACUACAAAAAUAUUGCAUUAAGAGCAACACCCUCCUUUUCUAAAAGUUAGCUAAUAAAAGGCUGUGCAAAAUAUAAAAAUGGUUUGCACUAUGUGAACAUAUUAUUGAACAAAAUUUAAAACUAUAUUAUAAUAGGUAAUUAAAUAUGUAAUAGGAAAAUAAGGCUAUUUUUAAGAAUUUUCGUUUCUGAUCAACUCUUAAAUGUAAAGUUAAAAAAUUGUAUCUACUAAGGGCUGAUUUCUCAAUCGUCAAAUAAAUUUUAUCUAAGGAAUAAAGACAUUUGACAGUUUUUGUAUAGAAAAUCUGUCAAACGUCUUUAUCCCUCAUAUAAAAGUUAUUUGAUGAUUGAAAAAUCGGCCCUUGGUGAUUAUUUUUAAGCACAUAUGUAGUAAAUUACUUUAAACUUUAAAAACUG